AGGCCGCGGCUGUGGCACCGUCUGCUGGACGAGGCGGAAGAUGGCGGCUAUGGCUGCGCUGGGGCUGGCACGAGUGGCGCUUCACCGCAACGGCGCGAGGCUGGUGCGAGCGGCAGUGACGACAACGGCCCAACGGUCGGUGGCGCAUUUCACCUUCGUGCCGGAGCCCGAGCCCGCUCAGUAUGGUCCAACUCAGAAGAUGAACCUUUUUCAAUCCAUUACAAGUGCCUUGGACAACAUUUUGGCAAAAGAUCCAACUGCAAUGAUCUUUGGAGAAGACGUUGCCUUUGGUGGAGUUUUUCGGUGUACAGUUGGACUCAGGGAUAAAUAUGGAAAAGAGCGUGUGUUCAAUACACCUCUCUGUGAGCAAGGCAUUGUGGGAUUUGGAAUUGGUAUAGCAGUUACAGGAGCCACAGCCAUUGCAGAAAUACAAUUUGCAGACUAUAUCUUUCCAGCUUUUGACCAGAUUGUUAAUGAAGCUGCUAAGUAUCGAUAUCGCUCUGGCAACUUAUUUGACUGUGGAAGUUUAACAAUUCGUGCACCUUGGGGCUGUGUUGGUCAUGGAUCGCUCUAUCAUUCGCAGAGUCCUGAGGCUUUCUUUUCCCAUAUUCCUGGAGUUAAGGUGGUUAUUCCAAGAAGUCCCAUUCAAGCCAAGGGAUUAUUACUAUCAUGCAUCGAAGACAAAAAUCCUUGUAUCUUCUUUGAACCUAAAAUUCUAUAUAGAGCUGCUGUGGAGCAAGUUCCUGUAGAAGCUUAUCAAAUCCCUCUUUCGCAAGCAGAGGUUCUCGAGGAGGGAAAUGAUGUUACCCUUGUUGCCUGGGGAACUCAGGUUCAUGUGAUGAGAGAGGUGGCCAGCAUGGCUCAGGAGAAGCUGGGAGUGUCAUGUGAAGUAAUUGACUUAAGAACAAUUCUACCCUGGGAUGCUGAGACUGUUUGUAAGUCUGUGGCGAAAACUGGAAGGUUGCUGAUUAGCCAUGAAGCUCCAGUAACAGGAGGAUUUGCUGCAGAGAUCAGUUCCACUGUUCAGGAAGAAUGCUUUCUUAAUCUGGAGGCACCGAUCAGUAGAGUCUGUGGAUAUGACACACCUUUCCCGCACAUCUUUGAACCCUUCUACAUACCAGAUAAAUGGAAGUGCUUUGAUGCUGUGCGGAAAAUGAUAAAUUAUUAAAUGUGACAGAGGAUAAAGGCUGGAAAGGGCUUUUCAGAAGCCUCCAUUUUCUCCAAACCAAUCAUCUUCACCUAAAAGAUGAGCUCCCUGGGACAGCAGAGAUGAUCCGAAAUGUAUCACUGCUACAGCGUUCCUGAUUCCUAUACUUUUCUAUUUAAUCUAAAAGGGCAGAGGUUGAACUUUAAACUAAGAUUGUGUCAAGGCAACAAAAUGUUUCCAUUGUUACUUAUACAAUUAUUUAUCUGUAUUUCACACUAUGGUAUUGGUAUUGACUCUUCAAAAUUGAUUAUGGUUUGAAUGUGAAAGGUGUACAUCCAAUAUAUUAAUAGCCCUUCAAGUAUUGUAGUGAUGUAAGGGACUUUUAUUACACAAACAAAAAUAAAAAAGUACUUACACUG